AGGGAUCCCUCGUCUAUUUUGUUAUUGUUCUCUGCCUGUGUCGGCCAAAUUGAUGAAAUUGAUGUGCAAGAAAAAAUAAGUUUAUUUUGAGAACGCAUUCUUUCAGAAUUAGUAAACAUUCUGCUUAAAUUCCAACAAACUUUACUUGCCUCUGCAUUGAAUUGCAGACGUAUAACGGUGGCGACGGUCAAGUGCGGUGGACGGAUGUUGGGUGACGGUGAAGAAGAUACAGGCCAUAAUGCCGCCGAUAAUGGUCAAAAUGAAGAUACAACAUGGCGUGGCUGUUGCAUGGAUGAAAUUUACAGAAAUCUAGAUCCAUUUGAGUUGGACCACUUAGCUCCGGUUAAACCAUCUGACUCACAUACUGUGCUACAUCAUUUUCCCAUCAGGGAAGAUGAUUCCAUACCACCUAAGCCAUUGAAAAGUCAUCCUAAAUGGGAUGCAUUUCAUGUUAGACUGCCGUGUUCGAAUAAGUCACAAUAUCCUGUUGUCGCUGAAGAUGGUACCUCAUCCAUAGAGAAUCGCUGGGAAAUGAUCGAGAAGGCAUUGCUCAGGCCCAUAGAGAAUUCGCGUGACUUGGAAUCGGCCAUUUUGUCUUAUAAUACAAAAUAUGAAGGCCAUUGGACAUUUCGAGCUUUACACAAACUUUUUGAGGAAGAAUUGGACGAAGAUGAGUCAAGGGUUUUCUUCGAAGACUUAUUACCGCGUGUUAUACGCUUGGCUCUUAGACUGCCGGAGUUGGUGCAGGCACCAAUACCAUUGCUUAAACAGGGGAAAUGUCAUGCGAUAACAUUGACACAGGAACAAAUAUCAUGUCUAUUGGCAAAUGCAUUUCUCUGCACAUAUCCACGUCGCAAUACACUAAAGAAGAAAUCUGAAUACAGUACCUUUCCAGACAUAAACUUUAAUCGUUUAUUUCAAUCAUCUGGAUCUGCAGUAUUGGAAAAAAUCAAAUGUAUUUGCCAUUAUUUCCGCAGAGUGUGUCCCACGGAGAAUGAUCGAUCUAAUGUACCCACGGGGUGCGUUACAUUUGAACGGCGUAUUAUACCAUUAGCUGAAUUGCCAAAUUGGUCAGCAUCCUGCAGACCUUUGGCAGUGACACCAUUACACAUCAAUUCGGCUGGUACGAUAGAAGACCAGGGUGGUGGUUUGCUGCAAGUCGAUUUUGCUAAUAAAUUUCUGGGUGGUGGUGUUUUGGGCGGCGGAUGUGUCCAGGAAGAAAUACGUUUUGUUAUUUGUCCAGAGUUAAUUGUAUCGAAACUUUUCACUGAAUGCCUACGACCCUCUGAAGCAUUGGUAAUGGUGGGCUGUGAACGUUACAGUAAUUAUAGUGGCUAUGCCAACACCUUUCAAUGGGAUGGAAAUCAUGAGGAUAUGACACCACGUGACUCAUCGAGACGUCGCAUGUGUCAUAUCGUGGCAAUUGAUGCUUUACUAUUUCAUCAGUCGUCACAUCAAUAUCGAGAGGAGUUAAUGUUGCGAGAAUUAAAUAAAGCCUAUGUGGGAUUUUUCCAUCCAUUAAGUACUACUGCGCCAGGUGUAGCCUCUGGAAAUUGGGGUUGCGGUGCAUUCGGUGGAGACGCUAAUCUCAAAGCCUUGCUGCAACUCAUGGCCUGCACAGUUACCAGUCGUCCAUUGGUAUAUUUUACUUUUGGUAACGAAGAAUUGCGAGAUGAAGUUCAUAAAAUGCACACCUAUUUCAUAGAAAACAAUAUUCUUGUGAAAGAAUUAUGGACGGUAUUGAAAAGGUUUCAUGCCAGCAAAUUAUCCGGAAACGAAUUGUAUAAAUUCAUAUACUGUGAAUUGGAUAAAAUGAAGCGUAGUCAGCAGGAAAAGAUCGACAAAACCGAAACCCUCCCGAAUAAUGAUCCAACCCAGACAAAGGUUGAAGCCAAGGAACCCAAAGCAUUAUCGCCUAGUAAAUCCCUUUCCCCAAAGCCAAGCACGUCCUUGAAUGCAAAACGUAGCUUAGAGGAAAGUCUGGAUGUAUUCGCUUCGACAUCCUCUGAAGCUGAGAAUAAGACGAACGUUACACCGCCGCCAAAAGUAAAGACUAUAGAUCUAAGUAUAUCGGAUGAUAGUGACACUGAUCAAAUGUUGGUGGCUGCCACUGAUAGAGCCUGUGAAACAUUGACUCCAAGUAAAAAACCAGAUAAGCAAUCAACUGCAACAACGGCAAAACAUGGUUCGCCGAAUGUUUCGAAGCCAAGGCAACGUACACUUUUGGAAAUGUUGGAUCAAACAUAUAAUCAAAUUACCGGUCCAGCAACAAAACGUUAUUGUGUCACAAAAUCUCCCCAAAAGCCGUAAUAAUACCGAUACCUGUUUAAAAAACGACACAAAAUACAUUUUAAAUAUACAAAUAUAUCUUUUUCAAUUCAAAUUAAAUUGUUAGUUGAAAAGUCCCAACAUAAAAAAGAAAAUAAACUGAUUUUAUCUUAAUAAUGAUAAAGAA